AUUGCUCAAACAGAAACUGUCACUGGCCAAACCAACAUCACAUUUCAACAUAGGUGUUCGCUGAAUUAUCGAUUCGAUAAAUUAGGACGAUUGAAGGUAUCCGUGUACUGUGUGAAAGAUGACACUGGUGCAUUUCUCCACCGGAUAGGAGAGAUUCAUACGGAUGUGGCCACGGUCUUGGUUAACCGAGGCACGCUAUCCCUUCCACUGUCUCCAACGGCUGCAAUAGAUGUCUACAUCACUGUGCCUGAUUUCUAUGCCCAUCAUGUCAAGCUCAAGUUUCGAGGGAAUCAUCUACAAGUGCGCGAAAAUUUCCCAUUGGCAGCUUAUAUGAUCCUUGUUCUGAGGAUUGAGAAACGGACCAUAUUAUUGUACAAAAGCGAGGCAGUGAAGGAAAAGAAUCCAAAAUGGAAAGAAUUCUCUGUUCCGGUAUACGUUAUCCAGUUCUAUACGCAAGGUGCUCUUCAAAUACACGUUUAUAAUCAGAAUACCAAUGCUCCAGAUACACUCAUAGGUUUCUGCAGUACGUCGAUGGCACAAUUGGAAAGAGGCGUCGGAGCAUUGAAUUCGUAUAUGGUUGGCUUCAUAGAUUUUAUGCUGAUGAACUUCGAGGGUAUGCGAAUUCAUGAGAAAAUGAAUGUGGAGCUGGAAUCUAUGGAAGUAGGGCGUGGAGAGACAUUUUUCAAUGCAAUCAAAGAGAGCACCCAUCUUCACCUCACUACGGCGAUAGACAUGACGGCAUCCAAUGGCAAUCCCAAUCAACCUGAUUCACUGCAUUUCAUUCAUCCCCAUGCUCCAAGCCCGUACGUGAAUGCAAUGCUUCGACUUACACCGCUGUUCCUUGGUUACAUGGCUCAUCCAAGAAUAGGUGCACUAGGAUUUGGCGCACGAACGCAGCCUCAUUUCGAGUUGUCACAAUGCUUUGCUUUGAGUGGCUCCCACAAUGAUCCUCAUGUUGAUGGGCUUAAGGGGUUGUUGGAAGCAUACCGAUCAGCUAUGAUGGCAGUUCAACCUUUUGCGCCUACAGACUUUUCUGAGGUCAUUUACCAUGUGUCAAAGUUCGCAAAAGCGGAAACAAGACGUCGUCUUGGCUUAUACUUUGUCUUGUUGAUCCUCACCGACGGUGGUUUGACGAAUCCGAAGCGUACUAUCAACGCUAUUGUAGACUGUUCUCUUCACCCAAUGAGUAUCAUUGCUGUCGGAAUAGGAAAGGACCGGGAAUUCGCGAGUGUGAAGGCUCUGGAAUCGCCAGUUCUCAAGCACUCUGACGGUCGACUAUUAGCUAGACAGAACUUCCAAUUCGUCCCAUUCGAUGAUCUCGAUUGUGAUGAUGCGGUGGCACUGAUACCUCUUCAAAUAGCUCAAUGGCGGAACAUUGUCUCUGAGCAAGCAUAG